UUUCUAAAAUGGAUUGGUCAACGAUUCUCGAACUUCUAAAGAAGACAGAAGUCAAUCUCUUCGUGCUGAUACCCUUUGGAGUAAUGAUUUCGGUGGCGUUCGUGUGCUUUUCUUAUCACUGUCAUCAGUGUAUUCGCGAUCGUCGAAGAGCUCGGAUCGAAGAGCAAAAAGUUCUACUGGAUCAGCCUCUGAGUCGACUGUCGAUCACUCCCGGAUGCUCGAUAGUCGCCAGCACCAAGUUAACCCACAGCCGCAAUAGCGCAGACAACUAUUAAAAACUCUUU